GGGCAUGCCAUUAUAACGCAGCACGUACGUGCUAGUAUCUCUGUGCAACACCGCGUUUUCUUGAAUGGCCCGAACCGUGAUAAAACUUCCAUCACUAUAAAUACUCGACAGGUUUCCGAGAAAUCUGUCUAUUCACUUGUGUCUCUCCUCGCAUUCGACUACGAUGAGUUCUAUAAUCCCCACGGCAGCAUAUACUAGCACCCUUUCUGACAAAGAGACUGCAAGGUUCAUUUUACCUGACCUUGUCAGCGAUUGCCACUAUCCCCUGCGACUGAAUCCCGAUUGUUACCCGGUGUCUCGCGCUUCUGAGCAAUGGCUUCUUCACGGAGCACAUCUUGCAGAACCCAGAGUGACAAAAUUCAUGGGAUUGCACGCAGGUGAACUCACUGCAGCUUGUUAUCCCGAUAGCGACGCUUUUCAUCUCCGAGUCUGCUCGGAUUUCAUGAACUGGUUGUUUAAUUUGGAUGACUGGCUGGAUGAGUUUGAUACCGACGAUACGUGGGGAAUGCGCGAAUGUUGCAUUUCUGCGUUUCGCGAUCCGAUCAACUUCCAGACGGAAAAACUCGCUGGAAAGAUGUGUAAAUCGUACUUCAGCCGCUUUGUGCAAACAGGGGGGUUCGGCUGCACUGAGCGAUUUAUCCACACAAUGGACUUGUUCUUCAUAGCUGUGGCACAGCAGGCGGAUGACCGUGCCAAGGGACGUAUCCCUGAUCUUGAAUCUUAUAUCACCACGAGGCGGGACACAAGUGGCUGCAAGCCUUGCUUUGCCCUCAUCGAAUAUGCAGCUCUAAUUGAUCUCCCCGACAAAGUAAUGUCGCAUCCAGUCAUCAUGGCCAUGGAGGAAGCAACCAACGACCUUGUCACUUGGUCCAACGAUCUCUUCUCUUAUAACAAGGAGCAAUCUGUCCAUGACACGCAUAACAUGAUUGUCAUACUCAUGUGCGAACAAGAUCUGAACCUGCAAGGCGCUGUUGACUACGUUGGCCGGUUGUGCAAGGAUUCCAUCCAGCGCUUUGAAGACAGCCGUGAUAUCCUCCCCUCGUGGGGAGAAGAGCUAGACAGGCAAGUAGCUAUUUAUAUCGAAGGGCUACAGAACUGGAUUGUUGGUUCAUUGCACUGGUCCUUCGAUUCCACCCGUUAUUUCGGGAACAAUGGGCAUAUUGUCAAACAAAACCGAAUCGUCGAGUUGCUUCCAAAAAGGCCCUUGUAGAGUUGACUCCUAUUGCGUUGGUUUGUCUGAUAGAGAUAGAUUUGACUUCUUUCGCUGCACAUUUUCAACUGCGGUUGAUAGUAGAGUGCUAAAUGAUUUACUUCGGAUUUAUAACAUUCUUGACAUCCUGCCUGCCUACUAAGUACCUUGCCUUGCCCAAAGUGUCUUCGACCUUCGUAGUUCUAUGGGAUUUCUGAUUUUCAUGCAGCGCCUUACAGUCUUAUAUGUUUUAUGUACCCUUGUGCGGCUUUGUACUGUUACUCGUGUGUAACCUAGUCUGAUAUCCUUGUGCAAAUACUGGAAGUUAUGUAUUGUCGGUAAUACUGGUACCACUACUCCUCUUCUACAUCCACUACGUCUACUAGUCGGGUCUCAAGAUAUCAGGGCUCGCCGCAGUGAUCAAUCACAUGUUGCUUCGCCCUUCUCUGCUCGGUGCCUCCGACACCAUCAACGUUCUCAGGGGUCACUUCAUCUAAAUUAGUCUAA